AUGUACGGACAGCUGGCGGAGGCGGAGUCGCUGUACCGCCGAGCGUUACGCCACCUGGAAGCCACCGUCGGUUCCUCCCACACCGACACGCUAACGUGCGUCAGCAAUCUCGCCAUCUUGCUGCAAACGCAAGGGGACUAUGAGGAGGCCCAGGGGCUGCACAGGCGGGCGCUGUACGGCAGGGAGCGCGUGCUGGGUACUGACCAUCCCAACACCCUCUCAUGCGUCAACAACCUCGCCAACCUGCUGUACGACGAGGGUCGGUACGACGAGGCAGAGCCGUUGCACCGGCGGGCGCUGUACGGCAGGGAGCGCGUGCUUGGCGCUACUCACACCGACACUUUGGCGUCGGUGAAUAACUUAGCAAAUGUACUGCAUUCCAUGGGUCAGUACGACGAGGCGCAACGGUUGCAUCGGCGGGCGCUGUACGGCAGAGAGGUGACGUUAGGUCCGGAUCACCCCGACACGCUGGCGUCAGUGAACAAUCUGGCCAAUGCGUUGUACGACCAAGGGCGGUACGGCGAGGCGGAGCCGCUGCAUCGCCGCGCGCUGGAAAGCCGUGAGCGCGUGUUGGGUGACGAACAUCCCGAGACCCUUGGGUCUGUUGACAACUUGGCUAAUGUACUGCAGUCAUUGGGCCGGUACACCGAGGCCGAGCCGCUACAGCGGCGGGCACUGGCGGGCCGUGAUCGGGUGCUGGGUCCCGACCAUCCCGACACGCUUGCCUCAUUAGGCAACCUGGCGGUGCUG